AUGAGCCCUUCUUUCAUUCAAAAGGCCGCGGCUGAGCGCCAGACACAAAAUUUGACUGAAAAGACCCCGGUCAAGACAACCACAGAGAUCAGCGCCGAUAAUGAUACUGGAGAAGAUAACAGUACUUGCUCUGACGUAUCUGUCUUAACUAGUACCUGGGUCACGUCCUACAUCCAUUCGAUGCAAGAACAGAUGAACAGCAACCUCGGACCUUACAUAACUUCGUCACUCCACCGUCACGUCCUCACUGCAACGACAGGCAUCGUCUCGAGCUUGGCUAGCGGCGUCUCGCAGUUGCCGCUCGCCAAGAUUCUCAACAUCUUUGGUCGCAUAGAAGGCUACAUGUCGGCACAUCUUCUCUGCUGUUUCGGUUUGAUCGUGAUGGCUGUUUGCCGCAACAUGAAGACCUACACCGCAGCACACGUCUUUUGGGCUAUUGGAAGUGGUAGUAUUGGCUACAUCCAGACCGUCCUGAUCUACGACAUCACCUACAUCCAUAAUCGCAUGAUUAUCUACAUGCUCAACUCGACGGCGUACAAUGCCAAUGUAUUCACUGGACCCAUCCGUGCGCGGCUCUCCAACAAUUAUAGCAGCUUCUGA